CAGCACAAGAUGGUCCCCAGCCCUACGCCACGAGGCAAGAUGGCCGUCAGCCCAGCGCCACUGCCCAAGAUGGUCGCUGAGACAUUUUUGGAUUACUUCUCCAUGCUGAACAAGAUCCUAGAGAUUCCCAGGAGUGUUCACGUCAUGGCUGCUGAGCCAGCGCCACAGCCCAAGAUGGCCGCCAGCCCAGCGCCACAGCACAAGGUGGUCGCCAGCCCAGCACCACAGCACAAGAUGGCUGCUAACCCAGCGCCAAUGCCCAAGAUGGCCACCGGUCCAGAGCCACGGCCCAAGAUGGCCGCCCGUCCAGAGCCAUGGCCCAAGAUGGCCGCCAGCCCAGCGCCACAGCACAAGAGUCGAGUCAGGUUCCAGUUGACCCUCCAGAGUCGAGUCAGGUUCCCGUUGACCCUCCAGAGUCGAGUCAGGUUCCAGUUGCCCCUCCAGAGUCGAGUCAGGUUCUCGUUGACCCUCCAGAGUCGAGUCAGGUUCUCGUUGACCCUCCAGAGUCGAGUCAGGUUCUCGUUGACCCUCCAGAGUCGAGUCAGGUUCCCGUUGACCCUCCAGAAUUGAG